UACAUACCUACCUACCUAAGGUACCCUAACGAUAUCAAGCAAUCAUGAAGAACAUACUUGCCUUGAGCGCUCUGCCGCUAUUCUCCCUCGCCGGAGCUUCGUCACUUGAACCUCGCGCCAGCUCCCCCUACGAUGCUGUUAUUAUCGGAGGUGGCCCGUCCGGCCUGAGCGCUUUGAGCGGUCUCGCUCGCGUACGCAGGAAUGUCCUGUUGAUCGACUCGGGAGAAUAUCGCAAUGGUCCGACCAGGCAUAUGCACGAUGUCAUUGGCUUCGACGGAGUCACACCCGCGUACUACCGCUGGGCAGCCCGGCAGCAGAUCGCCCACUACGACACCGCAUCCGCGAUCAACGGCACAGUCACCAACAUCGAGGCGCUGAACAACAACACGCAGUUCAACGUCGCGACGUCCUUCUUUAACGGGACGGACGGCAUCGUGACCGCGAAGAAGGUCAUCCUCGCGACCGGGCUCCGCGAUAUCCUGCCCGACACCCCGGGCCUGCGGGAGAACUGGGGCAAGGGCAUCUUCUGGUGCCCGUGGUGCGACGGCCACGAGCACGCCGACCAAGCCCUCGGCCUCCUCGGCCCCAUCGAAGAAGCCGCGGGCCUGGUCCGCGAGAUCUCGACGCUCAACUCGGACAUCAUCGCCUUCGUAAACGGCACCGACACCCCCGAGGGGCGCGCCGCCGCCGAGAAGAGCUUCCCCAGCUGGGAGAAGUACCUACGGAUCCACAACGUGACGGUGGAGAACCGCACGAUCGCCAGCAUCAAGCGGCUGAAGGACGGCGGGGACCCGCCCGCGGACCCGAGCCUGCCGACGGCGCCGGAGAAGGACCUGUUCCGGGUGGACUUCGCGGAGGGCGCGCCGGCCGAGCGCGCGGCCUUCUUCACGAGCUUCCCGGACGAGCAGCGGUCCGACGUGGGCGCGCGGCUCGGCGUCGCGCUGUACGGCGGCCGGAUGGCGGCCGACAACGCGCGGGGGCUCGCGACCAACGUGCCCGGCGUGUACGCCAUCGGCGACGCGAACGCGGACAACGUGACGAACGUGCCGCACGCGCUGUUCACGGGGAAGCGGACUGCUGUUUAUCUGCAUGUGCAACUCGCGCGCGAGGAGUCCGAGAGGGAAUUAGCAGGCAACGGCACGGCGGUGGCUCGUCGCGAGCAGGAGCUCGACUUGCGGGCCGUCUGGGAGCAGAUGAACCCGCGGGAUCUUCUUUACGCCGGCGAGUUCGACCAGUGAUUAGGUACCUAGUUACCUAACAUAUAGCUACAUCCUAUCUUCCUAUCGAACGUUAUAUGUAAUGCUGCUCGUCUCUCAGCAAUUCAUUAUGUGUGCUAGGUAAGGUACCUAAUGUUAGGUAGACUUGGGUGCUUGGAAGAAGAAAGGGGGAGGGGAGGGGAGGAUGUCAAGGAGAUAAAGGAACACAGCUUGUACAUGACGAUGUGAUAACACUACCUAGGUACUUACCUGUUUGCUAGAAAUUGUAUAAAAUUAGAUAUAUAUACU